GUGACAGUUCGUGAGGGCGGGGUAACCAAGGAAGAGCAGGAGCGAAGGAGCGCCGCAUAUCUCACAGUUGAAAAAUCGAAACAGAAAGGAUUUUGAGGGGGGACGGCAGCCGGAGCGCAGUUUUGCGUUUGCUUAACUGGGCUGCUGUUAGUGGAAGAAGCGCUACCUGCUCUUUAAUGCGGCGGCAGGUGGACGGAGAUUGCGGGGAAAGCGAACCGAUUUCACCGAUUUCAUCCAUUUAUCAAACACUGAACUCGACUAAAUAACUCACAUACGUCUCUGCCCAGACCGGACAGCACUUACACCAAACCUCGCAAAAUGUCACGUUUUCCCGACAGAAUCCUGAAGGAGAAAAGAAUUUCCACUGUGCAUUUGUAGAUGGCAGAUGUGGGCACGUGAGAUACGAAGUUGCUAAUGAGCCCCUUUCUUAUGUGAGGACAUCCCCCAGACACAUCACACCCACAUCCAUACAGCUACUGCCCUCCUGGGAUUUCCAGCACAUUCCCCUGGACGUGAUCAUAAAAGCAGAAGAAAGAGGCAUCCUUGGCAAACCCUGAAUCCCCACAGAGCCGAAGCCACAGAAUCUCUUACUGUUCUGACCAGUAUUCAUUUCCAAAUCUUCUGCCCGCUAUCUGACUGCCUGGGCUCUUCAGUCACACCGUGUCACUAUGGUGUAACUGGUGACGGUUUCGUCUCACCAAGCACGUCACUCCAAAGGUCUGAGCUCCCUUCUGCUACGCUGACCUUUGCUGUGGCGUGAAACGGUACAAAAAGUCACCAGAGAAUUUGAGAGGAAGCUUGAAAUAGAAACCCGUGAUUCUGCUUACUGUAGUGGAGGGUUAAUCCCUCUCCCGCCCGCAAAAUGGACACUGGGGAGUUAAAGAAGCGGGAGACACAGGUAUCCCCGUAGAUGGGAUCUGGGUAACUCAAGGGGAUCCCCUUCAUUGACCUUCUGGAUUGACCUAAAACAGAAAAAGCCAAAUCCGUCACCCACUUCACCACUCAUUGAGCUGCGCUCUUGAGUUUAUUUAUGCACAGAAUUGCUUCUCCCUAGUUUGUCAUCCAUUUCAAUCCCCUCUAACUCCUUGAUGUUUCAUCCCUCUUUUGUUGCCAUGGUGUUAUCCCCCUAAGACCCCCACCUUUCCUUUUCUCCCUGCAUCAUUCCAGGUUCCCCCAUUACAUACUGUCUUGCCAGGUCCUCAGAAACAAUUUCACAUUCCACGUUCCUCGCUAUACGCUGCCUCUGCCAAAUUUGUUAUCUCUGUAUCCCGCACUCUUUUCACACCUCAGUCACCGGCAUCUGAGUGUCCUGCUUCAGGCUGGCCGGCACCAUUACUUCCAAAGGGGAAGAGGACUUCCUCACGCUGGCUGCCACUCGGCUGGGCCGCAGGAAGCGCGUCAUCGGAGUGGCAGUGGGUGUGGCUAUGGUGCUUGUUCUAUUAGUCGCCAUUCCGCUAUUGGUCCACAGCACUAAAACGGGGGGUGCUGGAGGUGGGGGGACCCAUUAUGAGAUGCUGGGCAGCUGCAGGAUGGUCUGUGACCCUUUCACCCCAGCCCAAAGUGGCCACGAGCUGGCCGUCGUUUCCCCGCCGCCUCCAGAUUUCACAGCACGAAGAGGCAAGUCUGGAUUCCGCGGCAAUCCCGGCCUUCCUGGUCCCCCUGGCCCUCGAGGGCCCCCUGGAGAGCCGGGUAAGCCCGGUCCCCCGGGCCCCCCGGGGCCUGGGCCGGGCGGCUAUGUGUCCUCCUACAGUCCAAAGAUUGCUUUCUAUGCAGGUCUCCGUAAGCAGCACGAGGGCAGCGAGGUGCUCAAGUUUGACGAUGUGGUGACCAAUGUAGGAAACUACUAUGAGCCGAGCACUGGCAAGUUCACCUGCCCUUUGCCUGGCAUCUAUUACUUCACCUACCACGUUCUCAUGAGAGGAGGCGAUGGGACCAGCAUGUGGGCGGAUCUGAAGAAGAAUGGGCAGGUAAGGGCCAGUGCCAUCGCUCAGGAUGCAGAUCAGAACUAUGACUACGCUUCCAACAGCGUCAUCCUGCAUUUGGACGUGGGGGAUGAGGUGUUUGUUCAGCUGGACGGGGGCAAAGUCCACGGGGGCAACACCAACAAAUAUAGCACCUUCUCUGGAUUUCUCAUAUAUGCAGAUUGACCCACCCACAGCCCCCACCCCCAUCAUGCAGACUGUCUACCUGGGGACUCAAAAGGCAGAUGGCGCCAUAGAGAGUCAAGUCGGGGGGAAAAAAAGAGAGAAAAGCAGUUAUGUUGUGGAUUGUUCUAGAUAAGCAAAUGCUCAAAGAAGAAGCUCUGACCUUCUGUUCAUAGGAAUGAACUGUUAGAUAUCUGUCAGGCCAUGCACCUCAUGACCCUAAGCAAAUAGAGUUACCGGAAACUUCCGUAGUGGAAUAUAUAUUACUGCUGCAAGCAUCUGUUUGUGUUGUUUCUGAUAUGUUUAUGGUGUGUAACCCUCGCUUUGUUAUACACAUAUGUACAUAAAAAUGUGUGUCCAGAUCAUUCAAAUACUGUAUGUUGUAAAAACCGCUCUGGAGUGCUUUAACUGUUCAGCUGAAUGUCC